CAAAUUGGUCUGAUUUGUUGCAAGUUCCCAACUAAUCUUCUCACCAGCUUUUGGAGACAUGCUUAUUAUUAUACAUAUUGACUUCACCUAAAUAUAGAAACAAAACAAAAUUGGACACCUUUAGCUAGUUGGACCGGAAGAUAUCUGACAUCUUUCUGCAAUGAAGAAUUUUGUACACAAGUGAAUGACACUUUCCAAGUUCAACUUCCCUUUUCUUCUUUGAGAGAAAAAAAAAAAAAGUAGAAGAAGAGAGAGAUAAGAAAAGCAGAAGAAGAAGAAGAAGAAGAGGGAGAAAUGGAGUUCUUAAGCAGUUUCCUUUAUCUCAUCCUCACCUGGACAUUGAUCCAAACCAUCCUCUAUUCAAUUUCAAGAAGUCAAAAGAGCUCAAGACCAAAGCUUCCACCAGGACCAAAACCAUUUCCAUUGAUUGGAAACCUGCUUCAACUUGGUGACAAGCCCCACAAGUCCCUUGCCGAACUUGCCAAAAAACAUGGCCCUCUGAUGAGCCUAAAACUAGGCAAAGUAACAGCCAUUGUUGUUUCUUCAGCAGCCAUGGCCAAAGAAGUCCUCCAAACCCAUGACCAGUUCUUAUCCAACCGAACAAUCCCUGAUUCGAUUCGAGCUUAUGAUCACCACAUUGUUGGCCUACCAUGGAUUCCAGUUUCAACCCUGUGGAGAAACCUUAGGAAAAUAUGCAACACCGAACUGUUUGCCAAUAAAAUGCUUGAUUCUAACCAAAACCUCAGGCGCAAUAAAGUGCAGGAGCUCAUCGGACAAGUCCACAGAAGCAGCCAAGCUGAUGAAGCAGUGGAUAUUGGGAGGGCAGCCUUCACAACAACACUGAAUUUGUUGUCUAACACAAUUUUUUCCAUUGAUUUGGCAAACCCAAGUUCUGAAAUGGCCAGGGAGUUCCAGGAGAUGGUGUGUAAUAUUAUGAUGGAGGCUGGGAAGCCAAAUUUGGGGGACUAUUUUCCUGUGCUUAGGAAGAUUGAUCUCCAUGGCAGAAGGCAGAGGAUGACAGGGUACUUUGGGAAGAUUUUGGAUCUGCUUGACAACAUAGUCAACCAAAGGUUGAAGCUAAGAGAAUUGCCUGGUUCUACAACAAAAGAUGAUUUGUUAGAUACCCUUCUCAACAUUACUGAGGAAAACAGUGAGGUGAUCAACAAAAAAGAGAUCUAUCAUCUGUUACUGGUUCUAUUUGUUGCUGGAUCAGACACAACUUCAUCCACAUUCCAAUGGGCAAUGGCAGAGCUAUUGCACAGCCCUGAGGUUUUGUCAAAGGCCCAACUAGAGCUUGAACAAGUAAUUGGCAAAGGCAACCCAGUUGAGGAAUCAGACAUUGCUAGACUGCCUUACCUGCAAGCCAUAGUCAAAGAGACCUUCAGGUUGCACCCUGCAGUUCCUUUGUUACUUCCCCGAAAGGCGGGAGCAGACGUAGAAAUCGAAGGAUUCACAGUACCGAAGGGUGCACAAGUGCUUGUUAACACAUGGGCUAUUGGCAGAGACCCCAGCCUCUGGGAUGAACCAAGUUCAUUCAAGCCAGAGAGGUUCUUGGGGUCAGAAAUUGAUGUUAAAGGCCGGAACUUUGAGCUUAUACCGUUUGGAGCUGGACGAAGAGUAUGUCCUGGAUUGCCAUUGGCAAUGAGAAUGCUGCACUUAAUGUUGGGUUCUCUUAUCCAUUCCUUUGAUUGGAAGCUUGAAGAUGGGGUCACACCAGAGAACAUGAACAUGGAUGAUAAGUUUGGCAUCACCUUAGAGAUGGCCCAAUCCUUGCGAGCUGUCCCCGUCUCUUUGUAAAUUGUAAACCUCAUGUUUGCAUCAGUAUUUCAUGAAAUGUUAUUGUUUUGCCAGCUUAAUAAUAUUAAUAAA